AUGUCUAAUGUUGAAUUCUCCUUUUAACAGGUAGAGAGAAUUGUUGACAAGAGGAAAAACAAGAAGGGAAAAACAGAGUAUUUGGUGCGAUGGAAAGGAUACGACAGUGAAGAUGAUACUUGGGAGCCAGAACAGCACCUUGUUAAUUGUGAGGAAUAUAUACAUGAAUUUAACAGACGCCACAAUGAAAAGCAGAAAGAAAGCACAUUAACCAGGACAAACAGGACCUCUCCAAAUAAUGCCAGAAAACAAAUUUCUAGAUCUACCAAUAGUUCUUUUUCAAAGACAUCCACUAAGUCUUUAGUCAUGGCUAAAGACCAUGAGUCAAAAAAUAAUCAACUCUUUUCUGCCACCCAGAAGUUCCGGAAAAACAAUUCACCAUCUCUUUCUGGAAGGAAAAAUAUGGACCUUGCAAAAUCAGGUAUUAAAAUCCUAGUGCCCAAAAGUCCAAUUAAGAGCCGGACAACAGUUGACGGCUUCCAGAAUGAAAGCCCGGAUAAAAUGGACCACAUAGAGCAGGAUCAAGAAGACUCUGUAGCACCAGAAGUUGGAGCAGAAAAGCCAGUGGGAGCUUUAUUAGGACCUGGUGCAGAGCGUGCUAGGAUGGGAAGCCGACCAAGGAUACAUCCGUUAGUGCCACAAUUGCCAGUGCCAGUAACAGCCACAAUUGCAUCAGCAUUAACGAUAAAUGGAAAAGGUAUUUUUCAUUUAAUCAACCCAUUAGCAGCCAAUGGUACAACCAACAUACAGACAUCUGUAACAGGAGUGACAGCCAGUAAACGAAGGUUUAUUGAUGACAGGAGAGAUCAACCUUUUGAUAAAAGGCUACGUUUCAGUGUGAGACAAACGGAGAGUGCGUACCGGUACAGAGACAUUGUUGUCAGGAAACAAGAUGGAUUCACACACAUUUUGCUAUCAACAAAAUCAUCUGAAAAUAAUUCACUAAAUCCAGAGGUAAUGAAGGAAGUCCAAAGUGCACUGAACACAGCAGCUGCAGAUGACAGUAAACUUGUGCUGUUCAGUGCAGUCGGUAGCACUUUUUGCUGUGGUCUUGAUUUUAUUUAUUUUAUACGACGUUUAACAGAUGAUAGAAAAAAGGAAAGCACUAAAAUGGCAGAAGCUAUUAGGAAUUUUGUGAAUACUUUUAUUCAGUUUAAGAAGCCUAUCAUUGUAGCAGUAAAUGGCCCAGCCAUUGGACUUGGAGCAUCUAUAUUGCCUCUGUGUGAUGUGGUUUGGGCUAAUGAGAAGGCAUGGUUUCAGACACCAUACACUACUUUUGGACAAAGUCCGGAUGGAUGUUCAUCCCUUACAUUCCCCCGGAUAAUGGGCCUGGCUUCUGCCAAUGAAAUGUUGUUCAGUGGAAGGAAGUUGACUGCGCAGGAAGCUUGUGCCAAAGGACUCGUCUCUCAAGUGUUUUGGCCGGGAACAUUCACACAAGAAGUAAUGGUUCGAAUUAAGGAACUUGUCACAUGUAAUUCAGUUGUACUUGAAGAAUCCAAAGCUUUAGUACGUAAUAUCAUGAAGGUGGACUUGGAACAAGCAAAUGAAAAGGAGUGUGAAGUUUUGAAGAAAAUCUGGGGCUCAGCACAAGGGAUGGACUCAAUGUUAAAGUAUCUGCAGAAGAAAAUUGAUGAGUUCUGA